AUGUACCGUGUACUGAAAGCUGAAUAUGGCCAAGUUCUGUUUGAGAGAGACCAGGCGCAGAGAACUUUACAAAUCGCAAAUUUCCAGCGUAGAUCUGUACUUAAGCAACGGAGUAAAAACGGAACUUAUGGUAUGGAUUUUUUUUUCCAUUUUCGAUAAACGUAGUUUUUCUUCCCUAUAUCUACGUCAAUUCCAAACGCAAAACUGACCCCUGCACAAUACUCACCACUUUUCGCCAUAGCUUACCCUGAGGAUACAGAACUCGAGGACAUCAUGAAAACAGAAUGUUUAGUAAGGAGUAUCUAUUACGAAUUGUAUUUAGGCUAUGAUUACACUAUUCCGGAUAGCUUUUUGCGUCCGCACAAAAACCAUACCGGACAGGGCUUCUGUUUACACAUAAGAACGAUGAUUUCGGCGCCAUUUCAGGAUGUGAAGGAUCGAAGCUGCCCCACGCCGAUUUAAAGUGGACAGUCCCGGCACAUAUCGGAUAGGCGUUUAUACUGUUACGGAUAUCUUUUCGUGUCGGCAUAAAAUGAUGGGAAAAGUUUACAAUUGUUAUAAAGUCCACGAUGCAUUCGCUGGGAAGAGCAUUUCAGAACGCACAUUGCUGUAACGUGUCUGAAACAUACACAGCAGGUCGUAACCCGAGUGAAAUACCUCCAUGGAAUUCCAUGGAGUUCCAUGGAGUAUUCAUGAAAUUCCAUGGAAUUCCAUGGGAGUAUCCAUGGAGUUCCAUGGAAUGCCAUGUAGUUCCAUGGAGUUCCACGAAAUGCCAUGAAAUUCCAUGGAUUUUCAGUUGGAGUUCCAUGGAAUUCCAUGGAGUUCCUUGGCGUAUUGAUGGAGUUCUACGGAAUGUUAUGGAGUUCCAUGGAGUAUCGAUGAAGUUCGAUAUUCGGUCCCUGCAGUUUGUAUGAGAAUCCAUAGAAAUUCAUUAAUCAAGUAACUCAUUAACUUGUUACAACUUGUAACCACAUGUUCAAGUCCACACUUUUUAUUGGAAAGAAAAAUAGGAAACAUUUUAAAGCUUUUUAAAAGCAUAAAUAGUGCGUAGGCUUAAAUUACACAGACAAUGCAAAAGUAUCUUAGACUUGUUCUAUGUUCACCGAUGCUGAAACUGUCCCAGCGUAAGAAAUGUUUUUGCUGGCUAUUAAAGAGAUCUAAAGACAAAGGUUUUUGUGCGCUUGAUAAAAAAGUGAUCCUUAGGACAAAAAAGAAAUAAAUGUAGGAACUGGUUUUUAGCAUGCAGGGCUGUCUGCCAUUUAACUUGCAAAAUCAUUGUUGCAUUUAAAAUAUGAUCACUGUUUUAUAUUAACAUGCAGCCGCUUCAGUAUAUUAUUAACUACGAAUGAUCCCAAUAGGCCAAAACUAUUCUCACUAUAAACCUUGUCACGGUUUUCGACGCCAUCUUGACGAGUAGGCAAACGCGUGAGAAAUUACAGUGUUUGUAUGAGAAUCUAAUGUCGAAUAAUUGCAAUAUUUUCCUCUCACUGCUUUACUCUUCGAGAGCGUCGGAAUAGUGCAAUUAACUCUGUGAAGGACCACAACUUAAAGCCUUUAAAAACAGACAUCUUCUCGAUGAUGCCGUCGAUUAGCCGCCAUGUUUGGUGCUUGAACUGGCUUCCAGGGGCGCUUCCCAUUCAACCCAAAAGUCCGGAAAUUUCGGUUGGUUCAUCAAAUGGAACGGACCAUUUCGGUUUGGUCCGACCGGAAUAUUCGGGACCAGCUUUGAAGGUGGUCCACUGUGACUGGUCUGGUCAUUUCGGUCGGUCGGACCGAAAUGUCGCUUUCCAUUUGCCAAAAUUGUUGUCCCCAGUACCGCUCUUUUCUAUCCUGCUUACAAGAACAAGUAGUUUCCAUUGGAAAGUGAAGUGCUGUGAGUAAAACAUGACAUCUCAAAUAGUUUGAAUCAUUUGCAAUUUUUUUCGAUUUUUGAUAUUUGCCGUUAACAGUGUCAAAUAACUGACGCCACACGACACGUAGGUGAAAAAAAAUGUGUGUAAUUAAGCUACAAUUUUAUAAAAGUCCGUGAGAAUCAGCGUAUUAUUGGUCUGAAACCUGUCGACGAUAUUUAACUAAAGUAAUUUAUCAAUUAAGCUGAAAUGAAUACAACAAAGCCUGGCUGAAUACAAAUUGGCCAAAACACCGAAUUUUUUUACCGUACAGUUCCAGGAAUUGCUUCGAAUCGUUCGAAUAUUCUGAGAAACGUAUCGCUUCAAUUCACAAGAAUAUUUUACCUUCACUUGCAUUCAUAGGCUUUCUACACGAAAUAGGAUUCCUCCGCAUUUAGUUUUCCACCGGCCCUUUUCGACAGUCGAGUGUUCUUUAGGAUAUAAACAGUAUUUACUUUUCACUUUUAGAGCGUAAUUAUGAGUGUGCUGCGAAGCCACAAUAACAAAACGCGCGGUGGCUUGGGUCGGGUCUGUGCAACCGGAAUGUAGCGGUCCAUUGAGCACGCGAAAUUUCCGUAAUUUCAAACCGUAAUUUUUGUUGAAUGGAAAGCGUCCCAGACCUCUCCUCCUAGUGACUAACGCGAUCACGUGGGGCUUUUGAACCAAUAGAAAUGUGUAGAAGAUCAGUUUUCUUGGUUCAAAUCUUUAGGCGGACUUCUGUGCACUACAACAGUGGUGUACAAACGGAUUGUCUUUAUAAUGAAUGCAUCUCAAAAAGAUGUUCUUUUCAACGUAAAAUAUUCACUUGUGAGGUUGCUUUAUUUGGCUUGUUUCAAAAUCGACUGCUUCACUCAGCCCGAUUGGCAUUAAAGAGGAAGGUAAGGUUAACUUAUACACAAACUCGUGUUUGGUUGCAGAGAAUUGAGAUCGUACGUCGCUCGAUUGUCUCUGCUAGAUUAGAAUUAAGAAGGGUAUAUUUUCGGGUGCUAUUUGGUUUUUAUAGACGUAGUUUCCAUCUUUUUUGUUUAUACAGACAUGCCUGUGGUCUUUGCUGCAAAUUGUCUUCGGAAUCCUUUGAAAUAAUUAUUAAUUCUGGCAGAAUUUGAAAUCGAAGACUUUGAUGUGGCAAAGUGAAAAUAUAAGCUUAAGAAUUUUCAUGUCUCCUAAGAAACAACUAUACAAGAGACUGAUUUAUUAUAGUUAUGACCUGACGCCGUUUUUCCCAAGGAUUAGGCAGGACGUAGCUAUAACUAAAUAUCAUAGUGGUUCUGAUCGGGACAUACUGAAGUAGACCUUCCCUUUUUCGUAGCAUUAAAUAAAGCCAUGUUUACAUACUGACGGUUUAUGAAUUCACGUAUUAGCUGAAGCUUAUAUUUCUCUGAAUUGUGCAUCUUUGGUUCGCUAGUGUUACUUUCCUUCAAACGCCAGGCCUACAUUCCCUGCAUUAUAUUAAAUCUUAAGUUUGUGAUUAUAACUUCUUCAAUAUGAGAAGUGUCCAGAUACCCGGCAGCCGGGAACUGUUUUCAAAAAACUAGAUACCUGGCAGUUAGUAAUGUUGACUAAUUUUCUCGCAAUAGCGCGUUUAAUUCCUUUGAGAACAUAAGAUAUUUGUUUAGGAAUCUCAAACGAUUGCUUCGGGUUAAAAGUAGAAGCGACCGUCGAGCUUGGGCGUAGUGAAAUCUCAAUAUUUUCGACACUUAAAAAAUAUUCUAUUUUUGACACACUGAGUCAAAUCCAGACAAAUAUCCACAGAUAUUAUCAAAGAAACCUCAUCAGAGUAUUUAGUGUUUGUUCAGAAAUGCCAAGCGAUUCUAAAUAAAGGUUUCGUAUUGUUGUGGACAAAUUCUCCGAGCUUGCAUUAACGGUAAUUCUUUACUCACGGGUACGGUUUUCAAAAUACUCGGUGCCCGGUAGUCGGAAAUUCUCAAAUGUUCUUUCUGCAUCUGACUCGAUNAAUCCUUUGAAAUAAUUAUUAAUUCUGGCAGAAUUUGAAAUCGAAGACUUUGAUGUGGCAAAGUGAAAAUAUAAGCUUAAGAAUUUUCAUGUCUCCUAAGAAACAACUAUACAAGAGACUGAUUUAUUAUAGUUAUGACCUGACGCCGUUUUUCCCAAGGAUUAGGCAGGACGUAGCUAUAACUAAAUAUCAUAGUGGUUCUGAUCGGGACAUACUGAAGUAGACCUUCCCUUUUUCGUAGCAUUAAAUAAAGCCAUGUUUACAUACUGACGGUUUAUGAAUUCACGUAUUAGCUGAAGCUUAUAUUUCUCUGAAUUGUGCAUCUUUGGUUCGCUAGUGUUACUUUCCUUCAAACGCCAGGCCUACAUUCCCUGCAUUAUAUUAAAUCUUAAGUUUGUGAUUAUAACUUCUUCAAUAUGAGAAGUGUCCAGAUACCCGGCAGCCGGGAACUGUUUUCAAAAAACUAGAUACCUGGCAGUUAGUAAUGUUGACUAAUUUUCUCGCAAUAGCGCGUUUAAUUCCUUUGAGAACAUAAGAUAUUUGUUUAGGAAUCUCAAACGAUUGCUUCGGGUUAAAAGUAGAAGCGACCGUCGAGCUUGGGCGUAGUGAAAUCUCAAUAUUUUCGACACUUAAAAAAUAUUCUAUUUUUGACACACUGAGUCAAAUCCAGACAAAUAUCCACAGAUAUUAUCAAAGAAACCUCAUCAGAGUAUUUAGUGUUUGUUCAGAAAUGCCAAGCGAUUCUAAAUAAAGGUUUCGUAUUGUUGUGGACAAAUUCUCCGAGCUUGCAUUAACGGUAAUUCUUUACUCACGGGUACGGUUUUCAAAAUACUCGGUGCCCGGUAGUCGGAAAUUCUCAAAUGUUCUUUCUGCAUCUGACUCGAUUUCUAUGUAAAAUUAUAAGGAGUCGACUAUAGUCUUACCAGAUAUCCUGUAGAAAUGUUCCUCUGAGUUACAAACAACGAUAAAUUUGUCGACUCGGCAGAAGAGUGCCCUUCAUCUUCCGGUGUAGCACUAUAGUUGCGUGACGCAAAUACUACACUUAUUUUUGAAGUGUCGAAACUAUAAAGAUUUCACUCUAUGCCCAGGCUCGACAGUUGCCUUUACUUCAAACACAAAGAAGUGUUUGAAAUCUCUUGGAAUUCCAUGGAGAAUUUUCCAUGAAGCCCCUUCACACGGGAAAUUCUGUAUACACGUACAUGUAUUUUGUGGGCUUUUUAUUCUUCCUCGAAGCUUUCAGGGGCACCCAACGAGAAUAUAGUUCAAAACCAUUUAAACAUAGCAUUGUUAGAUGUAUUUUAGUAUUUAAACGGUAGAUAUAGGUACAUUUUUAUCCCCUAAAAAUUUUUCAUCUGUUCGGAUUUCCUAGCUGAAAUUUUAGUGAUCCGAAAAUUAUAGGAAUCAAAACUUACCUUUUCGAAAAUUUCAGCCAGAAAAAAAGUUCCCUAAAAUUCUCGGUGACCUUUUUAGGGUAAAAAUCCGUUAAAAAUUGGCAAUUAUACCAUUUUUUAGAUGCUUGAAAAUCCUAGGAGAGGCAGGCAAACAAGAAAUUUUACAACAAAUGUUCCGAAAAUUCUAAAUCUCAAAUCGUCUUCCGAACAGAUAUUUUCCGAAAAUUGACGUUGGGUGCCCCUGAGCUUUCCGCAUGCGAUUCAUUGAAUACAGUAUUGCAUCAUAAUUUUAGAAACUGUCAAAGGGUUCUUUGAUUAUUGGCGUUUGAACGUAAUUGAAAGGGCUAAAAUUAGGAUAUUUUUAUGCGUAGUCCUCGGAUAAUAUUUGCCAGCAUUCGUCUUUUAACUAAAGAGCGGUCUUGCUGUUAAUUUCUUAGCCGAAAAGCAGUGAAUCAUGGAAAGGAUAGCCUCAAGGCCUUGUCUGGCUGCUCAUUGUUACAUCGCUUGAGCAAAAGUAUUUCAUCCAUCUCGUUUGUAACUGUUUUUGUAACGGGCAGGAAGUCGCUAGUGCAUUUUGAUACAAGUAUUACAAUUUAACCGUGUAGUUAUAGUGUCCAGGAAAUUACAUUUUCAGUAACAGUAUACGCAGUUAUAACCCAUGUCGUUCUAUCUAUUUCUGGAAAGAUUCGUGUCAAGAAAAGAAGGCAUUCUGGUAGCCAGUGAACCAGAUGCAUGUACUAUAGUAUGUACCAUCUGAAGGGAGACGAAGUGUUGAAGGGCAGAAACUUUUGUUUUUGCAAUACAUAUCAAGGGUCAUUGCGGGAGGCUCCUUAUAUAGCGCUGAAGGAGCGAGAAAUACGACACGCUGCCGAAGACCGGGACUACUGGAGUCAUGUGGUAGCCGCCUGCCGAGACAAUCCGGAUUGAUCCGUAGAUGAGCUUAUAUACCAUAGUGAACUCGUGCAAGCUCACACCGCAGUUUGAUAUUGAUCUUAAACUGCAUCUGAAACAUGUGAAGUGUAUUCACUUGCUGUUUCGUUUAAGUCGGCCGGCGGUUUACGUCAUUCGCUGGUUCAAUUUAUUUCGGCUGCUUUUUUAGCCGUUAUUGCCUGCUAAACCUCAAUUAUUUCUCUUCCUUGCAGGGGCUGCCAGUAAUUCAACCAGAGAAGACAAAAUGGGUAAUGAACAUGACAUAUCGGAACAAUACCACUUACAGAGGUCCUCGAAAUUAUGCAGAAAUAAGCCCCACCUGCGACAACAAAAUUACAACAGCAAAUCUUAUAGUAAUAAAGACGCUACAUCUCCACCUCUUGUCAAUGGGCAUACAAAUCAUUUCAGUGUUGAAGAAGAUGGUUGCUUCAAGAAUGGUUAUGAAGAUAAUGACGGACGCGAAGAAGAUGAAAGUCACAGAAAAAGUCACACAAGCAGAGUUCUUGUAGCUAGUGUUACAUAUACAAAUUGUUCCUUUGAUGAACAUAACGGUAACAGUGAUGGUGCUGUCGGCGAAAGUAACGGAAGUGAAAACAACGAUGGACACUGCGUCCUGAAUUUAGACAGCAGUAAGGAUGCUGAAUGUCAAACUGGUGGUGCUAAUGAACUAGGCGAUAGGCGCGGGCACGAUGUCAAUGCUAAUGAUGACGCUAACAUAGGCAACGUUAACGGUAAUGCUAUCCAUGACGAUGAUUAUGAUGGAGCCAAUGCUGGUUCUACUGUUGAAAAUGAC